GAGGUAAAGGCUGGGCAGGAACCCCUGGCCAUGGCAAGAGUCCUGCAAAGCCAGAAAUCAGAUCUUGCACUGGCAGCACAUGGGGACACAGCAACUGGACUGGGAGCAGCAGGGCUUGCAGCAGCUGGACUGGCAGCAGGAUGACCCACAGCCUGAGGAACAGCAGCAGGGCUUACAGCAACUGCACUGGGAGCAGGAUGACCCACAGCCUCCCUUAGACCCCCCACAAGAGCCACAGCUGGAACCGGAACAGCAGCACACGGGCUUGCAGCAGCAGAUGGGCACACAGCAGCUGGAGCCACAGCCCCCAUGGCCAGAGCCACAGCUUCCACAGCCGGAGCCACAGCCCCCAUGGCCAGAGCCACAGCUUCCACAGCUGGAGUCACAGCCCCCACAGCCGGAGCUGCAGCGCCCCUUGGAGCCCCACAAGAACCACAGCCCCCCUUGGAGCCCUCACAGGAGCCACAGCCCCCCUUGGAGUUCCCCCAAGAGCCACAGCCCCCUUUGCCACAGCUGGAGCAGGAACAGGCAGGCACACAGCAGCACACGGGCUUGCAGCAGCAGAUGGGCACACAGCAGCUGGAGCCACAGCCCCCACAGCCGGAGCCACAGCCCCCGCAGCCGGAGCCACAGCCCCCGCAGCCGGAACCACAGCCCCCGCAGCCGGAGCCACAGCCCCCGCAGCCGGAGCCACAGCCCCCACAGCCGGAGCCACAGCCUCCAGAGCAGCCGCAAUAGCCCAUGGUUCUGGUGGAUUGAGGGUGGAGCAGGUAGAGGAGCAGGUGAGAGGGAGGUGCAGGUGCGGAGCCCCUUGACCCUGGGCUCUUUAUUAUAUCCCUGCCCAGGGUCAUGUGUGAGGCUGGACACACGGCAUUUCCUGGUUCCUGUUUGUGCCAUUUUUAGGGCCCCUUUUUCUUGUUUCCUCUAGAAAUCUGCCCCUUGGUGUAUGGGCUGUUCGGUGGGCUGCAGCUCUCUUGCUGAAUCUGUGUCCAGACUUAAUGGAGGCCCCCAAGGGUCUAGC